GUGCUUAUCUUUCUGGACUUCGAACCCAUUCCAUUCGACUCAUCCCUUGCAUCCGUGGGAAGCUAAUACCAUCCUUUGUACUGCUCUUUACGUUGCCUACCCAAACUUUCACUGCCAGAGAGCACCCAAAACCAAUCAUGUCAGGCACCACCAGUGAUGCUAUUCUCAAGGAGAUCCUGGACGGUCUCAAGGCAAUGCGGCUGGAGAAUUCCGAGCUAGCGGCUUCUGUUGACAAGAUCAAUGGACGUGUAAACAUGCUUGCUGGCAUCAAGCAGCUGAAAGAUGAGGCAGCAAGCGCAGCGGCCAGCGGUACUCUCAGCCAGGAGAAAGCAAAGGAAGCUGAGUCGGAGAAGGCCGUGGAGGCAGUUAGUCAACAGUACGAAGAGCCAUCUACACCCGUUGAUGAGCCUCGUCCAGCAAGCGUUUCAAAGACAUCAAAGAUCAUCUUGACUUCAUAUCCCGGCCAGGCUGGUGUUGACCCAUUGCCUAUGGUCUGGGGUGCAAAAGACCCUGCUGUGCGUGGUCCUGUAGUUGUAUCAAGACAUGCGAAUACCAUUCGUAGGCGUAAUGCCAUUGGUGCACAUGGAGGUUCAUACUCGAUCUACAAUGCUCUCGCCGUAGCAAGCAAGAACCUCGACAUCACCCACAAGCCAGAUUUCACCAACACAGAACCUGCUGCAAGCAUCGGUCCUUUCCCACAAUGGGGCGACAAGAAGAAGAUUGUUGCCAUGGAUCCAUAUGGGCAUCUUGCUCCUUGGUUGUACAAGGACAUCAUGGACAAAGACGAUGUCGAGAUUAGGCCCACCAUUGCCAUUACUCGCGCGCACAUGAAGCUUCCCGAACUAGAAGAGAGCGUAAGAGCUGGUCGUCUUAUCCCAGAUGGCAAGAUUUGUGUCAAUGAAACCGGCGAAGUUGCUGUUACCAAGGUCGCCGUUGAGCCUGUGUGGUAUCUCCCAGGUGUAGCCGAGCGAUUUAACAUUGACGAGGGGAUUCUCAGGCGAACACUAUUUGAGGAGACGGGCGGCUCAUACCCCGAAUUGAUCACUCGAUCCGACAUCAAGCUCUUCAUGCCCCCCAUCGGCGGUCUCACCGUUUACAUCUUCGGUGACCCAGCCAAGAUGUCUGAUCCCAGCGCCCGUCUCGCUCUCCGUGUCCACGACGAGUGCAACGGCAGUGACGUCUUUGGGUCUGAUAUCUGCACAUGCCGUCCAUACCUCACUUUCGGUAUCGAAGAGGCAGUGAAGGAAGCCCAGAAGGGCGGAAGCGGCGUGGUCAUCUACUUCCGUAAGGAGGGUCGCGCGCUUGGUGAGGUAACCAAGUACCUCGUAUACAAUGCAAGGAAGAGAGGAGAGGACAGGGCAAGCGAGUACUUCCAGAGGACGGAGAACAUCGCCGGUGUCAAGGAUAUGCGCUUCCAGGCGCUGAUGCCUGAUAUUCUUCACUGGCUCGGUAUCACCAAGAUCGACAGGAUGCUCAGCAUGUCCAAUAUGAAGCAUGACGCUAUCGUUGACCAAGGCAUCCCGAUUCACGAGCGUGUUCCGAUCCCAGACGAUAUGAUUCCCGCCGACAGCCGUGUCGAGAUUGACGCCAAGAUCCAAGCCGGUUACUUUACAAAUGGGCACAUCAUGUCCAUGGACGAGCUGGCCAACGUGAAGGGCCGUGGAUGGGAAGACGUCGACCACUGAACGGUAAGACACGCGCAGCAACGGUUCGUAUGGAAGCACCAUCCUUACAAUGCGUAUACUCGAUGCCAAUCAAAGAGAAGCAAUGCCGAGACUGUGUUCCCAACAACUACACAUAAACUUGAUAGAAAAAUAAAAACAAAUCACUCCAAUACCAUAUCUCAACACUA